AUGUCAGCCAUACCGCGUACUCUCCGAAUCAUUCCAAAAAUUUCUAUCAAGCCGGGAAGCAAAGUUCUCCCACCACCGCUCACAAACCAGAAUGAGCGUGCAUCCAAAGAGCCUCUUCUCCAGAUUAUGGCUCGCAAGCAACAAGAAGCGGGUGAUACAUGGCCACCAAAUUUGCGCAUAGAGCCGCAUGUCACGAAGACAGCUAUUGGCAAAGCGCCGAAGGAGAUGCGCGUUCAGCUGAAGAGAUUGUUGAAAGAACGUUGCCUCACCAGUAGUCGCUCUCAUCGCAUUAUCUACCACUCCCUCUACUUUGCAUGGUAG